UUCACUCUCAAGAUACUAAAGCUUAACUCAUAUCUUUAAGUGUUCAAGAAAAUGGACAAGAAAGAUAAUGGUGCUAAAUCUGGUAAUGUAGCACAAUCCGGUUGCACUGGAUCUGUUACGGGGAAUAUGGUGGCGCCAGGGACUGGAGGUGCAGUUCAGACACCUCGGGAUGCUUUUGAAGCUAACACCAAGGCUUAUUUUGACAACCUUCAUAACAAGGACAAGGCUACUAAGUGAGAAGUGUGUAGUGGUUAAAUAAGAAUAAUCAGCACCUUUGUUGUUAUGCUCCUGUGAUGUGAUUUUCCUAUUAUGAUCACAAUUUAAUUAAAUAAAAUGAGUUAUUAUUUCU